AUGGAUGUGGACACAUUUCUCAAGAGCUCCGUCUCUGAGGGCUUCAAUCUCCUGGCCUUUGAGACCCUGGAGUAUCCGCAAGUGGCCAAAUUCCUCAAACGACACCCAAACUUUGAUGAAGCCGUCAAAGCUGUCAAGAUAUUGGAGAUCUCCGGAAGUGACCUACUCGCAAUGCCAAAGUAA